GUCUUUAGAUGCGCAUGCGCAGAAAGCUCGGGUAGGAAAUAAUACUAGGAAGAAUUUAUAGAACCCCUGAAGUGCUACAGUACAUCAAUUUAUGGAUUUUACGGCGAUCGAUUAAGCCUUAAUGUAUAGAACAUGAAGCUGCAUUGCAUCAGUAUUAAAGCAGUAGGGGCCCUACAGGAUGUCAGAAUGUGGCGAUUUGGAAGAUCGACAGGAAUAGGAACCAUAAAGAUCUUGAGAUCCUACAGGGCACGAAAGGAUUUGCCCUACAAACAUAAAUCAUCAGUUCCAGAGAGAAAAGUGGCGUUUACCUGUACACCUAGUCACUUAUAUUGUGUCAGAAAAGCAGGAUCCUUAUUACCUCCCAGGUGGAUGAGUACUUGGUGGAGUGAACAUGUAAAGUUAAUGAGUUCAUCAUGCUGUCAUUACAAUGUGAGGUUAUAUUCUUCUAGCGCACCAAACACAGAUUCUUUAGAGAUCCACAAGCAAAAGUUAAAACUGUGGUUCAGUCACUUGCCUCAAGAAGAGAAACAGUUUGGGGGUUAUUUUUCUCCUGAAACCAUGCAUGUAGAGCCACUUAUACUUGAGAAAACCCCAGGAGAUGGCAAAGAACUCUUGAUGAAUCCCUUCAAAGACAGUGAAUCCAUGAGAAGAUCCAUCGCAGCUGAGCAGCUUUUUGACCCACGAAAUGGCAUCCAGGAGGGACAUGGUCUCAACAUAAUGCUCUACGGAGCUGUUGGCACUGGAAAGAGUACAGUUGUCCGCAAGUUGGUUUUGGACUGGUGUGAUGGAUCAGCUCUUUCCCAGUUCAAGCUGGUGGUGCCCUUCACUUGUGAAGAUCUUGCACAGCUCUCUAAAUCCACAUCACUAAGAGACCUUGUGGGUAGAAAGUAUGUACACCUUCGCAAGACGCCGUUUCUCAGUGGAGAUUAUAACCAGGCCAGUGAGGUCCUAUUCAUCUUUAAUGGAAUGGAGAAGAUGAAGUUAGACUUUAGAAUUGGCAGUACUGAAUUAUGCAAUGAUCCUAAUGAGGCUCUUCCAUCAGGAGGUGUUGUGGUGAACCUGCUGAGGAAAUACCUCCUACCUGAGGCCAGUAUUUUGGUCACAACCAGGCUGUCUGCUGUAGAUCAUAUCCCAAAGAAAUAUGUGCACCGCUAUGCUCAAAUCUGUGGUUUUAAUGAUCCUGAUCGCCAGAGAACCUACUUCACAAGCAGACUGCUACAACAAAGUGCAGAAAAGCCAGGCAAAGAGACAGAAGCUCUGAUCGAUAUGCUUUACCUUAACCUGCAGCGAGACAGCCAUUUAGCAGCAGCCUGCUUUUUACCUUCCUACUGCUGGCUAAUGUGUGCCACUCUUCAUUUCCUGCACUUUACUGAUGCCAAUGCACCCAUUCGCACACUUACUGGUAUCUACACAAGCUUCCUGAGGCUUAAUUUUGGAGGAGAGGUGCUGACAACAGGAGGAGAACAAUCUUCCCAAGAUCACCAGAAUUCAUUAAUGCUUUAUGUGGUCCGCACUGUAGGGAAACUGGCUUUUGAUGGAAUCAGCAGUAAACAUACAUCCUUUUCAAAGACUGAACUUGAACAGUGGGUUGGUGGAAAGACCAAAACUGAUGAAGAGCUACACCAACUGGCAGUGUUCCGUACAGACGUGCUAGACUUCUUCCUCGUGCCUUGUGCGGAUCAUGGUGGAAAUCUUGCUGGGUCAGAUGAGAUGCGCUAUGUUUUCGCUGUUCCAGCCAUGCAGGAGUAUCUGGCUGCUCUUUAUGUUGUUCUUGGUGAGAACAAAACUGCCCUGGAGAAGGUGACUUUAGAAUUGUCAUCUGCCCUUGGUACAGUUGGUGAUGAUAUCACUACCCUAAUGACCCUUCUCUCCAAGUUUAUUCCCUUCAGGAUCUUUGCCCUUUUCAACAUAGUGAAACUGUUUCCAAAGUUUUUUGACCGGCUGUCUAGCCUUAGUCGGGGCCGCAUUGCUAACACCAUGGCUGCAGAAAUGUUCCGCUCAGAAGACAGUUACAAUGAAGAUGUUCUCGAUCAGGUAGAGCAAAGCUUGCUGGGAGUUCAAGGCCCGCAGCCAGAGCAAAAAGAUGACUCAAGGUCUUUUGAGUUGUACCCGAUCUUUAUGGGAGGACUCCUUCAUUAUGGGAACAGAAGGCUACUGUACCAACUUGGAUGUGACAUUAAGAGCACCACGGUGGCCCAGAUCACUCGGACACUGAAGAAGCACCUGAUCAAGGAGAGCCGUAAACAGCAGCCACCUGAGGAGUUGAUGGAUUUGCUGGUUUUGCUCUAUGAGCUCCAGAACCCUCGGCUCACGGCUGAAGUGUUGCAGUCUGUCAAGAGUAUCAACCUGUCUAAUGUGCGCAUGACUCCACUGAAAUGCUUUGUGUUGAGCUCGGUGCUGAACUGUUUACCUCCAGGUUUUGUGCUGAAUGAGCUCAACCUGUCCUCCUGCCAUGUCACUUCAGAGUUGCUACACCUCCUAUAUCCUGCCUUUAACAACACCAGAAGCCUCAAUUUGCAGUUUAACAGUCUGGAUCCUGAAUCUUGCAUAUUGCUGCGAGAUCUGCUGCUCGAAUCCAACUGUAAAAUUAAGUCAUUACAGUUGUGUGAUAACUCCUUGUUGGACAGAGGAGCUAGCUACCUUCUGGAGGCUCUGUCUGGAAACCAGUCUUUACAGAUACUGUCUUUGGUGCAUACUGGUCUUGGAGAUAGUGCUGCUUCCGAGUUAGCUGCAAAGCUGGCCUCACACGAUCGGCUACAGGAGCUGAACGUCUCCUAUAACAACAUUGGAGAUGAUGCAGCUCUUAAACUGGUUGAUGCCUGCAGAGAGCACCCUACAAUUCACACGUUACACCUGUACUUGAACCAGCUGACAGAUGUGGGAAAACAGUCGCUGCAUGUUCGUGGCGUUCCGCAGGUAAAAGAUGGAAGACGGGUUAAGGUGCUGGCUUCAGUGAUCGAGGGCUCAGACAUCUCAGAGCAUUGGCAUCCCAUUCUAAGCAUCAUAGGGAAGAACUCAUUAUCCUGGGAAAGAGAACGUGUACGUGAACAACUUCUGGUCUUCCUGAAGGAUCUAGAGUGGGGCCAUAAACAGCACUCAAGCUUUUGGAAGAAGUUGCACUUCCGUAGAGUGGAGCGUGUGGUGAGGCAGAUGCUGCGCAUGCUGGAAAAAAGAAGCAAUGCUAACUGAUGGAAUUGCUUCAUUACUCAUGCUUUGGGGCUCCACUGGAAAUUCUUAAAUAGGUACUUCAAUACCCGUGUGGCCACAGAUAUGGCUAAAAGUAUAUGGACACCUGACCAAUUACACCUUGAUGAACAUUUACUUUGAACCUAUUGCACAUUUAGUUCUAUCUUUGCUGUUAUAAUAAGCUCCACUCUUCCUGGAAUUGUUUCCACUAUAUUUUGGAGCGUGACUGUGAGGAUUUAUGAUCAUUUAGCCACAAGGGCAUUAUUAAGGUCAGACAGUGAUGUCAGGUGAGGACAUCUGAGGUGCAGUCUUUCCCAAUGGGUCCAGUUCAUGUGGAUGAGAUCAGGGCUCUGUUAGUUGAGUCAGUGAAGGGAAAUUGGAAUGUUACAGCAAACAAAAACAUCCUUUAAAAUGAUGUGCUUCCAGCUUUAAAGCAAAAGUUUAAAGUAAAGCUUGCAUAUGUGUCUAGUGUUUAGGUGUCCACAUACUUAUGGCCACACAGCGUAUUAAAAUUGCCGGUACCUGAUCAUGUGUAAUAUGUGUGGGGAAAACUGUUACUUUUGCAUGUAGUGAUGAUGUAGCUUUUUCUUAAAUACUUUUGAGGUUUUGUUUAUGAACAAAAUGAAAAUGUUUCUUUUUAAAAUGUGUUAGAGUGAAACAAACUGUGUACCAAACAGUGCUUCCAUUUUACAUCAGUAGAACAAAAAAGUAUAUUUUAUCAAGAAAUGAAAUGACAUUUGGAAUGAUAAAGUAGUUUUUUUAUUUUGCAAUACAAUUUCAUUUAAAUACUAAAAUGGCAACUUACAUGCACCUUAUCAAAUGGGGUUGGAAAAUGUUAAACCCAAUCAUGUGCCUUAACUACAUUUCACGCAUUAUAUGAUAUUUUAUAAUGUGAAUCCCUUCAAACAACACAAAUAAAUAAGCAAAAUGUCUAAGAAAUACAA